UAUGUGUGCACGGUCCUGUAGCCGUGGCAGCGGCUGAGGCUGGCGGGUCAGGUACCGCGUCCCCGGACUGGGGAGAGAAGCUACCUGCCGACAUCAGCCGGGGCUGCGGCGCGUCACCGCUACGGGGUCGGAAGCUGAACAGUGCUCCUCCAGGGCGGGUACCACGUUGCCACUCAUCUUUGUACCCCCAGCAUCUGGCGGUGUUGGCAUGUAGUAGGCACUCAAGAAAUAUGUGUUGAAUGAACGAUGCCUGUGACAAGCAACUGGACUUUAUUCUUUCUCGACCCUUGCUCCUAUGACACUCCUCCUGGCUGCCACUGUCACUCCUUUAGAGCAGAUCUUAGAGAAGCUGGAAGGGAAACAGCUAUGGCCAAGGACAUCCUGGGCGAAGCAGGGCUGCACUUUGAUGAGCUGAACAAGCUGCGGGUGUUGGACCCAGAAGUUACCCAGCAGACCAUAGAGCUCAAGGAAGAGUGCAAGGACUUUGUGGACAAAAUUGGCCAAUUUCAGAAAAUAGUUGGUGGUUUAAUUGAGCUUGUUGAUCAACUUGCAAAAGAAGCAGAAAAUGAGAAGAUGAAGGCCAUUGGUGCUCGGAAUUUGCUCAAAUCUAUAGCAAAGCAGAGAGAAGCCCAACAGCAGCAACUCCAAGCACUAAUAGCAGAAAAGAAAAUGCAGCUUGAAAGGUAUCGGGUUGAAUAUGAAGCUUUGUGUAAAGUAGAAGCAGAGCAAAAUGAAUUUAUUGAUCAAUUUAUUUUUCAGAAAUGAACUGAAAAUUUCAUAUAGCGGGAGGGCAAAAAAACCUUUUAUCAUUCCAGUGACUGACUAGUGGCCCAAGUGUAUAUGUGAGAUGGUGUGUGAGGGAUGCAGCUUCUCUGAAGGCAAUAAAACAAAUCUGGGGCCUUGUUUCAGAUGCCAGGGCCGACCUGGUGAACACCCAGUGACCACGGCGGCCCAGGGUCUCACCUCUUGCAUUCUUUGUCCAAAAUAAGCAGUCUGUAAACUUUGAUUUUUUUUUUUGUAAAUUCACAAAGUUUUGGGAAAAAAAGCAAUAAAUUAUUGUUUUCA